UUACCUCAGCCGGCUCGGCCCCCGCCUCCUCUCCCGCGGUCUUGCUUCGCUUUCUUUCCCCCCUCAGCCAUUUUAAACAGCGUGAGGCGGGCAGCGGACCGGCUUCAGUUGCGGGAGAGGAGAGAUUCGGUUACGGCAGCCGGGGACAGGAAAGAGUUCUCGCUCGUUCCCCGCCCCACAUCACGAGUUACAAACAGUCAUCCCCAUCUUACUGUGGACUGAGCAACUUCUGAAGAGUUCUCAUUUCUCCUGGAAAAACUUAUUUCUAACAUUGCAGUGAUUACUCUAAAACUGAACCACCUAAACCUUCAUUCUGCUUUUGUCUGCGGCUGCUUCCACUUUUGUCGUGCAAAAAACUAAGGCACUUCGAAUCCCUGAAGGACAGGAGACAGAAAGCCAUCCAUUAUGAACCCUAAGCUAGGACUACGCAUCUUUCUCUUGCUUCCUGUGUACUUGUUGAUAAAUCUGUACAGUGCCCUUAUAUUCAUUCCAUGGUAUUUUCUUACAAAUGCUAAGAAGAAAAAAGCUAUGGCGAAGCGAUUAAAAGCUAAACCCGUCUCGGACAGUCCUGGAAGCCCAUACAGAGCCAUUUCACAUCUUGAGUCAUUAGCCACUAUAGACUUGCCUGGAGCAGACACUUUGGACAAAUUGUUUGACCAUGCUGUUGCAAAAUUUGGGAAGAAAGAUUGUCUUGGAACAAGAGAGAUCCUGAGUGAAGAGAAUGAAAUGCAGCCCCAUGGAAAAGUAUUUAAGAAGCUGAUCUUAGGAAACUAUAGGUGGCUGAACUAUGAGGAAACUAACCAGAAACUGAACAACUUUGGGAGAGGAUUAGUUUCACUUGGGCUAAAACCAAAGAGCACAGUUGCUAUUUUCUGUGAAACCCGAACUGAAUGGAUGAUUGCAGCACAAACCUGUUUCCGAUACAGCUUUCCUCUUGUUACUUUAUAUGCGACCCUUGGAGAAGAUGCAGUAACCUAUGGACUGAACGAAUCUGGAGCAUCUUAUCUAAUCACUAGCACAGACCUUUUAGAAGGCAAACUCAAGAAUGUUUUGUCAGAAAUCCCUUGCCUCAGACAUAUCAUUUAUGUGGACAAGAAGACUAUCAAUAAGUCAGACUAUCCUGAAACACUAGAGAUCCUUAGCAUGCAAGCAGUAGAAGAACUGGGAGCCAAAUCAGAAAACUUAAAUAUCUCUCCAAGUCGACCUACUGCCACAGAUAUGGCCUUAGUAAUGUACACCAGUGGCUCCACUGGGAAACCUAAAGGAGUGAUGAUGAUGCAUAAAAACUUGAUAGCUGGAAUGACAGGACAGUGUGAACGGAUACCAGGAUUGGGACCCAAGGACACAUACAUUGGCUAUUUGCCUCUGGCUCAUGUAUUAGAACUGACAGCAGAAAUUUCCUGUAUUACUUAUGGCUGCAGGAUUGGAUAUUCCUCUCCUCUCACACUAUCAGACCAGUCAAGUAAAAUUAAAAAGGGAAGCAAAGGAGAUUGUUCUAUUUUGAAACCAACAUUGAUGGCAGCUGUGCCUGAAAUCAUGGACCGAAUUUAUAAGAACGUUAUGAGCAAAGUUCAAGAGAUGAACUAUAUCCAGAAAACACUAUUCAAGAUAGGAUAUGACUAUAAAUUGGAACAAAUAAAAAGGGGUUAUGAUGCACCUCUGUGUAAUUUACUCUUAUUUAACAAGGUGAAAGCACUUCUAGGAGGGAAUGUACGCAUGAUGCUUUCAGGAGGAGCACCCCUUUCUCCUCAAACACAAAGAUUCAUGAACAUUUGUUUCUGCUGUCCUGUUGGCCAAGGAUAUGGGUUAACAGAAACCUGUGGAGCAGGGACAAUUACUGAAGUUUCUGACUACAGCACUGGCAGAGUAGGGGCUCCUCUAAUCUGCUGUGAGAUUAAACUGCGAGACUGGCAAGAAGGAGGCUAUACGAACAGAGACCAGCCAAACCCUAGGGGAGAGAUUAUAAUUGGUGGACCUAAUGUCUCAAAGGGAUACUUCAAAAAUGAAGAGAAAACAGCAGAAGAUUUCAUUGUUGAUGAAAAUGGUCAACAAUGGUUUUGCACGGGAGACAUUGGAGAGUUUCAUCCUGAUGGCUGUCUGCAAAUCAUAGAUCGCAAAAAAGAUUUGGUGAAGUUGCAGGCAGGAGAAUAUGUAUCGCUGGGCAAAGUUGAGGCAGCUCUGAAAAACUGUCCACUUAUUGACAAUAUAUGUGCUUAUGCCAAAAGUGACCAAUCUUACGUCAUCAGUUUUGUGGUUCCUAAUCAGAAGAAAUUAACUGCUCUUGCUGAACAGAAAGGUGCAACUGGCAGCUGGGUGGACAUCUGUAACAAUCCAACAAUGGAAUCUGAAGUCCUGAAAGAGAUUAAGCAGAUGGCUAACAAAAUGAAACUUGAAAGAUUUGAAAUACCAGUCAAAGUGCGGUUAAGCCCAGAGCCCUGGACUCCAGAGACUGGGCUAGUCACAGAUGCUUUCAAAUUGAAAAGGAAAGAGCUGAAGAACCAUUACCUCAACGACAUUGAGCGAAUGUAUGGCGGUAAAUAAUCUCCAGACAUCGGGAGUCAAGAUGUUGUGCAGGAUUCCUUCUAAAACAAAGCAACAAAUGUCAUUCCCCAAACGUUGGCUAUAAUUAUAAAUGGAGAAGUGGCAUUUUGUGAAAUGGAUGAAAGCUACACUUCAUUUUCAAGAAGGAACAAGAAGGCUUCCUGAACUGUACUUUCAAGAUGCUGUCCAAAUGACUGACCCACUGCCGUAGUUUCAUUUGUUCACUCCCAGUAAAGAAUGGUUGUGUCCAUAUGAAACUCCCUCACUGGGUAAACCAUUGUUUUUAUCUUUUUAUAUUCUGGCUUCCCUUACUCAUAAGGAAUUAAAUCAUCUUUAAUAAUUUCACUAUGAUGAUUUUCAAGUGGAGGAAAAAAUGAGCUUGUAUUUAAUUUAUGUGUUGUAUAUGGAAAAACUGAAGAAAGAGUAAGCAGAAUGAAGCUUAUACUUUCCAGAGUGCUGCUCAUAAAUCUGCAAUCUCAGGUCCUUUGGUAGAGAAAGUAGUUUCUUUUAAUUUGACUGUCAUUAUGUAGAGCUAAAAGACAGAAAAAGAUGUUUCUCUCUUGAAUGCUACUUUCACACAGCCAAAAACAGAUCCACAAUGAUCCUAGCAUGCAUCUGCUUUGCACCAUGUGUGUGUUUGGUAAACACACAGCAAUUUAGUUUAUUAAAAUGUAACCGAUCAGAUUUUUUUGGAACAGAAAUGUUACCACAGGGUACUGUGGGGUUUUUUUGAUAGUUAACUGAAUACACAUUGAGUGCAGUUGGCCAUAGUUUAGGCUCCUAAAAAGCACACUUUAGCUGUGUGGAAAUACUCUGGAAGAAGAGACACCUGUGGUACUUUUUAUGGUAUUAAAGACCCAGUUUCGUUUUACCCUACACUGAAUAACUGUAAAACUAGCUUCUGCCCUUUAUUGAUCACAGACCACAUCAUUCGGUUCAUAAAUUUAAUGUGGACGGGGCAAAGAAUGCACUACUGGUGAGAUAUUCCGCUUGCCAGUUUUUCAGUGUUUUUAGUGUCUAAAAGGGAAACAAGUACACUUCAGAGCUGAUCUGUAAUCCAUAUUCACAUGCAUCCUAUCUGCUCCUUAAGGGUUGUGUCCUAUACUAUCACAAGGAGACUCCCCCUAUUCAAACACCAGAGGAUCUAAAAAUCCUUUUCUAAAUGAUGACAAGUUUGUGAUCUUUACCACCUCCAACACUACGCUGAUUUCCAAUGAUAAUGCAGCAUCCAUAAGUUUUCAGAUUAUUAGCACACUCCCUUUGAAAUCAAUGGGACUAAACAAGUUUGAUAGCUACAGUAGUCUCUGUUUUCUUAAGCAUUCACUUUUACUUACCAAGUGUGGUGAAUUGGGAUCUCUGCCUGCUCUUCCAAGCACAUCAACACCAGAAAUUAAGUCCUAUGGGUUUUUAUGUUAUUUUUUUCCCUCUGAAAGGGCAUUUCUAUUUCUUUUAAUACACCACACAAGUCAUAUGUAAAAGCUUAAUUUUGUAUUUGUGAGUGAUGAAUUUGGUCUUUGGAAGUUUUUGUUCGAGGAUGUGUUUAAAGGGAAAAUACUGUACUUAAAACUUCUGUUUUGUGAAAACGUUUGUUUAAAAACUGGAAUUCUUGGUGUGUUGAGAAGAGAGUAAGGCAGCAACUCUCCUGUAUUUUGUGUUUUGUGUACUGCAUUCAGCUGUCUCUUACUUUUUCCCACCCCCUUGAGUUCAUGCUCUGGACUUUUAUAUCCUUGCUAGCAGUUCACACUUGAAUUAGAAAUGCUGUAAGAUGUGGCAAUUCUUGAUGCUGUUCUAUUUUGCACUUUUUUCUUAAUACCUUUUUAUACAUUGCUUCCAGUUUUGUACAGCUGUGACCCUUGAUUGCAAUGUGUCAUACUUUGACUUGGCUCUAAAAAUAUUUAUAAGAUAGAUUUCUUUUAUUCAUAAUAUUUAAGUGUGUAUAUUAUGGUCAAAAGAAAACAAUCCAGUAUUGUUUCUAAAUGAUGAAGGGAUUUUUGUAUGAAAUGUUGUUCCUGUACUCAAGAUUUGGGCAAGAUUUCCUUCUAUGAAGUGUAUGUGUGGGUCAGUCAACCUUCAGAGCAACAACAAAUCACCAGUUUCAGUUAUUGUCAAACCUAUUGAGCCAUUGUUCUGGCCAGAACUAGCUGUUCUGUCUUUAAGGACCAAUUUUAAUUUUUGAGGCACAAGGAUAGUUUAGACAAUUUUUCAACCAUCCUUCUCCCAUCAAACCAGCACACUGCCAAUUGAACUUGUCGAGUCCAAUCUGAGGGCUGCUAAUGUAUGACGAGUCCUACAUUGGGACCAGAAAAACGCCUCUUGGUAGUUCCUCACUAAACACAUACACUUGUUUACAUAAACAGGAAAUCCUUCCACUGUUGAUUAGUGAUUCCCCCCCCCCCAUGAGCUCAUUGUUGAAGUCUACUAUAUUCAGUAUGUGAUAAAAAUUGCUCUUUCUUAGACACAAAUUUGCUAUAUUGACUUUGUCAAACAUGACAAAUCUUUAAACAACAAAUGUAUGGAGUUAAUAGCUGUUGUGUGCUUUUAAAUCUUAACAGCAGCUUGUGGUGUUUGUUUAGAAUGCACUGAGUAUAUCUCUGACCUAUAUAGUCUCUUUGCUCUGGUGUUAAUGUGGCCUUUAUUGACUAACCUCAUUUUUGGUAUUCAUGAAGAUAUAUUUUUAAAAGUUCCCACUGUGAAAGUCUCGCAGUUUUCUUCCACAGCUUAAGACUCGUCAUAGUUUUUGUUUUGUUUUUUAAAAAAGUCAAGUCCAUAUAAGAUUCACAUGACUUUCUAUUCCAUAAAAUACAUUUACAGCACAAUCCUUUACAUUUCUAUCCAGGAGUAAGUCCCAUUGAGUUCAAUGGAACUUACCUGCAGGCAAGUGAAUAUAGCCUUAACUAGGUUAUGCAGCCCCUGCAGCUUACAUCCUAUGUAAUUACUAUAGACAAACUAGUGAGGGAACACAUUCUGUGGAACUCAUUUGUUUCCAGUUUUCUAACCUCCAUAAUUUGAAUCCCUGCAUGCCAGUACACUUUCCCAGCAGCUACAGAUGGACUGUUACAUAAUUUUUAGAUACCGCCUACAUUUUCAUAUCUUUGUCUUGGAAUGAAAAAUAUUCUAGGGCUUUAGCAAGAAACUGCAGAGAGAUAAACAAGAGUGUGGGUUUUUUUCCUUUUACGGAACCUGAAGUAGGCAGAGCCCAGGUGAUGGUACUACAAAUAGAGGGCCCCCCCUGAAUCCAAUGCCUCUAAGGCUAUGAUUUGCAUGAAACAGUAAGCCAAACUUUAGCAAAGUACUUUUUCCUGCUGCGCCAAACUAAACCAAGAUUUGGUUUUACCAUGUCAGCUGAAUUGAUGUUUAAGUUCUCUCACUAACCACAAGCUAAAGUCAGGGUUGUUCUUGGGUAUAGCUUGCUGUUACCGCAAGAGCUUAAAUACAAGUCCCCCAGUUGGGACAACACACUAAGCCAAGCCUUGGCUUAGCUUGGCCUAUAUCAAAAAUAGUAGAUGGGAACAAAGCAGCCGCAUGCUUCUCUGCAGGAGGCUGCACAUUUACGUAGUCUUGCGAAACUUGUUUGGCUUACUAUGUUGCGCAAACCGGGUCAGUCGCUGAUUGGAAGGCUCCUUUUUGUCACUGGAAAAAGUAUGAAAUAAGCCCUAAAAUCUUCCUAAAUUGAUGCUGGGAUAGCUGGGAAGUGAGAGUAGACAUCAAUAAAUUUGUCAGUUGAGUUGCA